UGGUGUUAUUAUUUUAAAAAAUAAAUCAUUCUAUAGUAUAGAACUAGUAAAGUUAGUGAUUUUUAUAUUUAGUUUUUAGUAUAUUUAUCAAUAGAUUAUAUAGUAUAAUGGUUAAGUGGAAUGAUGUGUGGUUGGAAAAGUUAGAUAAAAAUCUAGUGAAAAUCUAAUUAUGGACUGAAAAAAGAAACUCUGACUAUGCUAUCUGUAAACUAUGCAAAAGUGAUUUAAAAUUCAGUUCAGUUGGUUUCCAAGCACUAUAUCAGCAUUCUUCAAAACCUAAACAUAAGUCAGUGUCUGAUCUAAGAUUUUCAAAAACUGCUCGUCAUUUAUAUGUAGAUUCUAACAAAAACUCGAUUGGGGGAGAAAACGUUAUACAAUUAGAGUUCUCUAUAAAUGAAAAAAUUUCUGCUGCAGAAGCCAUGUGGCUUUUUAAAGUGGCAGAUAAUGAUCUUGCCUUAAGACAUUGUGACAACACACCAAUAUUGUUCUAAAGAAUGUUUCCAGAUAGUAAAAUAAGUCAAUGUUUUACUAUGAGUCGGCAAAAAGCUUCAUAUAUUUUGCAAGAUGGCCUUAGGCCAUUGUUGGAAAAGCGUUUAUGUAAUAGUAUUGCGUUAAGUCAAGGUGCAUUCACUUUAAUGUUUGAUGAAACAACUACUUCACAACAAAGAAAACAAAUGGAUCUUUUAUUUCGUUUUUGGUCAGAAAACGAAAACCAAGUUGUUACAAAAUAUUUAACAUCGCUGUUCUUUGGCAGAGCAACAGCAGAAGAUGUCAAAACAAUGCUAGCAGAUUUACGUCAUAAUGAAAGGUUUUAUUUACCAUGGGAUCGUCUUUUUAAUAUUUCAGCAGAUGGUCCUAAUAUUAACAAAGCCAUUUGGAGAUUGUUAAAUGCUGAUCUUCAUAGUAAUGGUUUUAAUGGCUUGUUACCAUUUGUAAGUUGCACUUUGCACACAGUGCAUAAUGUUUUUCGAAAAGCAAUUAAUGUUGUCGGUGAGGAUGCUGAGCAGCUUGCAUUUGAUUUACAUAACUGGUUCAAGAAUGCACCCUGUAAAAUAGAAGAUUUUAAAAAAUUAUCAGAUUGCAUUUUUAUUGAAGAUGAAACAUUGUUUCUUCGUUUUGUCAAUACUAGAUGGCUCACUCUUUCUUCUUCUUUUAUAAAGGUUCUAUUAAGGUGGGAAGACACCAAGAAAUAUUUUUUGGAAUAUAUUCCAAAACAAAAGGAGUAUAAAAAGACACUGACAAACAUUAAGUGUUAUAUUCGAAUUCAAAGAAGUUUAAUAAUAAGUAAAUUUUGAAAAUUAUUAUAUUGAAUCUACUAUAUAAUUAAAAUAGCAGAGU